AUGAAUGAAAGCAGUGAAAAGCUCAACAGUUCUCUCAUUCUUCCUUUCAGUAAGGACUAUGAGUUCUGUUCAAAUGGCGUUUAUUUCUAUUGUGGAAAGAUGGGGUCAGGAAAGACAUUUAAUUUAAUUCGUCAUAUACUCAUAACAGAGCGUUUAGGAAACGACUCUUACUAUGACCAAAUCAUUAUAUCAGCAACUUCAGACUCUAUGGACUCAACAGCGAAAACAUUUAUGUCAAAAGUUCAAGCCUCUGUCGUUAAAGUUCCAGACAGUGAACUCAUUGAAUUUCUUCAACGUUACAUUCGACGUAAGAGGAAAUAUUAUGCCAUCGUUGAAUUUAUACAGUCAGGAAUGCAAAAGACUUCUGAGGAGAUGGAAAGAAUUAUUGACAAACACCACUUACGUUAA